AUGAGUGACGGGUCCUUUCCGUCUUUGGUUAGUGAGCAUCGAACAACUAGAGCUGCAUUUGAUGCAGCUGCUUCUCACUCUUCAACCCCAUCAGCUUCAGCUCCAUCUUCACUAACACCAGCAACUGCUACAUCUUUUCCAUCUUCAUCUACUCUUCCACCAGCGGUUGCUGCACCAUCUCCAUUGGCCGCACCUGGCCAUGAAGAAGGUGUUCCUCUUCCACAGUCCCUCGUUCAUGAGAAGAGGCAAAAUUAUGCCGCCCCUUCUGAAGAUCUACAAAGGAGGAGGAACAUUACUCUUUCGGCCAACUUUCUUGCCUCUGAGGGUCUUCAAAAUUUGAUUCAUGAGAAGGAAGAACUUACUUCUAAACGGGAUCAACUUUUGGCAGAACGGGACCAGACUGUUCUCCGCCUCUCGGAACUGGAAACUAGGGCUACUGAGGCCGCUGUUUCUGAGGGAAGAGCUUGGAGGAGGCCAAGGCCAAGGGUUAACUUGGAGGUGGCCUUGAACUCUAAAAGUGAAGAGCUUGCUGCUGUGGAGGUGAAACAUGCCCAUCUAGAAGAGAAGUAUAGGAAAACUAUUAAGCAUAAUAGGCUCUUAAGUUCAACUGUCCGCGAGCUCGACGUCAGUCUUAAAUAUGCUAGAUCUGCCCAGGAAAACCUUCGCCGAGGGGGAUCGGAAGGCGAUGAGGCCGAAGACCAAACUGGGGAAAGCGUUGAGCCAUCGGCGGAACUACCUACUCUUCCCGGCAAUGCGGAUACUUCUCUUCCUCCUGGUCCCAGAGGCGCUGUAGAUUAG